CACACAAUAAAAAAAAAAAAAUCACAAAACAAAAACCCACAAAAAAGAAAAAAGAAAAAAAUAGAGAAUAGGAGGGAUUAUAUUCUCAGAAUGGGUUCCAAGAUGAUGGCAAGAGCUACAAUUUUCCUUUAUGUGCUCUCCCUAGUAGCUGCCUCGAGAGCUAAAGGUGUUUCCGUGGGAGGUCAAGGCGAAAUCGACGUGAAACAAAUCGGAGCGAAAGCGGAUGGAAGAUCCGAUGAUAGCCAGAUCAUUGUGAGUGCAUGGCAAAAGGCAUGCACGUCCCCGAGCCCUAGCACGGUCGUGAUAUCCAAAGGGAGUUACAUGGCGGGCCCAAUGAAUUUCCAAGGGCCAUGCAAAGCCGGCGUCAACGUAAGGGUCGAAGGGGCCAUCAAAGCACCGUCGGACAUCAACAAGCUCAAGUCACAGGGCGCUUGGGUCAUGUUCCAAAACGUCGACGGCUUGACCCUCUCCGGCGGCGGAUCGUUCGAUGGCCAAGGCGCUCUCGCUUGGAAGGAGAACGACUGCGCUCAAACUGGCAAAUGCAAUUCGCUCCCCACUAAUUUGCAAUUCACCUCGGUCACCAACUCGCACAUCCAAGACAUCACGUCCCUCAAUAGCAAGCUGUUCCAUGUGGAGCUCCUGAAUUGCAAGAACGUGACGCUCCAGCACGUCACGAUCAACGCGCCGGAAGACAGCCUCAACACCGACGGGAUCCACGUGGGCCGCUCCACGGGGGUCAACAUCACCGGUGCGGACAUAAGGACUGGCGAUGACUGUGUCUCGCUCGGUGACGGGAGCCAGCAGGUGAACGUCGAGGGCGUGACGUGUGGGCCCGGCCACGGUAUCAGCGUUGGGAGCCUCGGCAAGUACCACGAUGAGCAACCCGUGGUCGGUGUGACCGUGCGGAACUGCACCCUCACCAACACGCCGAACGGGAUCCGCGUCAAGACGUGGCCGGCCUCCCCGAGCGGCGUGGCCACCAACAUGCACUUCGAGGACAUCACGGUGAAGAACGUGUCCACUCCUAUUCUCAUCGAUCAAAACUACUGUCCAUAUAACAAUUGCGAACAGAAGCUUCCUUCAAAGGUCAAGAUCUCAAACGUGAGCUUCAGGAACUUCCAAGGAACAUCUGCAACAGCACUUGCUGUGAAGCUUCUGUGUAGCAGAGGAGCGCCUUGUCAACAAGUGGAGCUUGCUGAUAUCAACUUGAAGUACGACGGGGAGAACGGGACCGCCACGUCGCAGUGCGCGAACGUGAAGCCUACGAUCACCGGGAAAUCGUCCCUGCCCAUUUGCGCGGGGUCGCAAAGUUGAUCGGUCUUCAUAUCCAUGGUGCGGCCUGAGGCAUGCGAUCGUCGGGAUGUUUAGAGAAGUUUUGAGUGAUGACUAGGCCACCCCCUUCCUGCUCAAGGGCAUGCUGAGAGUGGUGAAAUGAAAUAUAGGUGCAAAUAAAAAUAGCUCUUUUUUUGCCUUUU